AUGAACUUCGCCGUACCUCCAGAAUAUUUAGCUUCUUACGUGAAUGCGCAGGCCGUGGUACCAAAAACCGCGCCACCGGCUAAUCUUCAGCAUCGAUUUGAGGACCCGCACCAAAUGCAAAACUGGGGUCCCCAAGGUGUUGCACCAGUUACCACUGAUGCGCACACAACAUACGGAACUCAUGCUGAUCAGCCACAAGAAUAUCUCCCGCAGCAGUACCAACAGGGUGGGCAACCAAUAACAGCGCAAAACUCAAACAAACUCUACAAGGCGUCAGCACCUCCCCACUCACCACAACCGCAGCAAUAUUUGCCAACCGCACCUUCUCCCCAGCAAUCAGACACGGUGAUUUGUUGGGAUGUUCAACUCGCAAAGUUGCAUGAGAAGAGCACAUUUCUUGAUCACCCCACAAUUCCGCGGUUUCUUCACUCAUAUGUGGAUCAGGAUAUGUCACGGUUACCUCCAUCGCUGCAGUACAUCGCUCCCGCAAAUCGUACGACCAUGCGGCCAACUGCUCAAGUGCUUCCAAAUACAUCGAAGCUGGCAGACACGUUGCAGCUGCCGCUAGGAAUUAUUUUUCAACCCUUUGCGGAUACCCGACCAGCUGAAGUAGAUUUUUCACAACUAGGUGGGCGCCUUAUACGUUGUUGCAGGUGCAUUGCAUAUAUAAACCCUUUCACAACGUUCUGUGAAGGAGGGCGGCGGUGGCAGUGCAUGUUAUGCCGGCACAUGAAUGAGACACCGAACGAAUACUUUUGCCAACUGGAUCAACAAACAGGGUUGAGGUUAGAUUUGCUUCAGCGCCCCGAGUUGACACAUUGUUCAGUAGACAUCUACCCAUCACGGGAGUUUUUGCGAAAUCCCCCUCAACGGCCGGCAUUUAUUCUUUUGUUGGACUGCACGUAUCAUGCAAUAGCUUCAGGGAAUCUGCGGGCCAUUUGUGAGGGCGUUCUUGCAGCGCUUGACACUAUGAAAGACGAGGACGCCAUUUAUAUGGGUGUUAUUGGCUUUUCAUCUACGGUGUACUUUUUCAACAUGGCCUCGACAUUACAGUCCCCUCGGGUUAUUGUGGCACCCGACAUUGUGUGGGAUGAUUGCAAGGUGGAAGACAACUUCAAAGUAGAACCCAUUGAAUUACCCAGCAGCGUUAAUGAACUGUUGGUUAAUGUGAAGGAUUCCUACCCGCUGCUGAAGGAGCUUUUUGAGAAACUUCCAGAGAUGUGCAGCGAUACGAAAGAUGUGGGUUGCGCAUUUGGUCCUGCUUUUGCUGCGGCACUCUCCAUGCUUGGAAACAGUGGAGGUAAGAUACUGGCGAGUAUUGACACCAUGCCGUCUAUUGGCAGUGGAAAACUAAGCCCACGAUUUAACAUUUCAAAACUCUCUAACCAACCAAAGGAGUAUACUGUGUUGACGGAGGCAAACGAAUGGUACAAACAUCGGGCUUUGGCGUGCUCGAAUAGUAAUAUAUCCGUUGACAUAUUCGCUGGUUCCGCACAGGAUUUGGAUCUGGCGACAAUUGCUCCUCUUGCUCGCCUCACCUCAGGAAAAAUAUACCGUUGUACCCCAGUUACUUUGAACGGCAUCUCACGUCAGGUGCACCGUGUGUUGACGCGGUACACCGCCUUUGAGGCUCUUCUACGCGUGCGCACGUCAAAGGGCCUAACUGUACCGAAUUUCUAUGGACAUUGCCACGUGCGGGAACCCGAUCUUCUUGCUCUUCCCAUAGGUGAUGAAGAUUCUUCUUACACAGUGGAGCUAAAACCUACCCAUGACCUCAAGGGAAACUAUGCUUAUGUUCAAAUUGCUGUUGUUCACACCAGUCGUUCUCGAGAGAGGCGUAUUCGUGUGCAUACAUUUCAACUGGCUAUAUCGGGAUCUAUUGGUCAGGUAGUGAACUCCGCGGACUCUCUCGCAGUUGCGUCUUUCCUCAGCAAGAUGGCUAUUGACAGUGCCAUAAAGAAUCCAUUCCAAAAGGUUCAGCAGCGGAUAAUGGAGCGCUUACUGACUACCAUACGUGCAGUGAAAACUCAUAACGAAUCUCAUGGUCAACGUGGUGGGUAUUUUAUGAUGCCAGAUUCACUUCGUUUCGUCCCUCAGUUGUUGCAUGGUUUCUUUAGGAGUGCAGCGAUUGGGUUCUCGACUUCGACGCCUAUUCUCCCAGACGAGCGUAUGGCUGCCAUCUCCCAAGUGGUUUGUACGGCACCGCAAGGUAUCGUUCCUUUUUUCAUUGGAUGGACAUUUGAGGUGUAUUCUCCAUAUGUACCGCCUGAGGAACUGCCGCAACCAAUUUUUUCCUCGCAAUCUUUUUUUAAACCAGAUGGUGUUUAUUUACUGCAUAUCGGAACCGCACUCGUCCUCUGGUACGGGCGAACCACUGAUCCUGCCGUUCUCAACGUGUUAGGUUUACCGUCCAACAGCGGAGAAACGCAGGCACCGAAGGGACCGCCGCAGUCACAAGGAAGGGAACCGCGAUAUUUAAUCACGGAUGAACAACUGAUUGAAAUCCGCAGACGUUUAGAUGAAUUGUUGUGGAAGUUGAGUGAUAUCACACGCUGUGGAUUUACUGUCUCUCUUGAAAUAUGCCAGCAGGGCAGCAAAACAAUUGAGCCGGUUCUCACCCGCAUGAUGAUGGAAGAUGAAGUGCGGUCAUUGCCAAACUACGCAUCUUUUCUGCGGGACGUAUGGCAGAGGUCUUCACUGAUCGCUAAGUGA